GUCCUUUAAGGCUCAAGUAAACAGAUUUGGCAGGUGUAUAUCGGAAGUGUACACUAUCAUUUUAACUUACCUGCGCUAGGUGAGAGUGCUUAAAAGUCAACUCGAAACUCCGAGAAGACUCCGAUACUGGUGAAUAAAGAGCGGUUUUGACCAAAUGAAUAACCCGAUACCAACAAACCUCAAGUCUGAGGCCAAGAAGGCCGCUAAGAUUCUCAGAGAGUUCACUGAAAUAUCCAACAGAAUGGGACCUGACAAACUUAUCCCAGCCCAUGUCAUUGCCAAGGCUCAGGGUCUGGCCAUCUUGUCCGUUGUUAAAGCGGGUUUUAUGAUCACAGCGAGGGGCGGUAGUGGGAUAGUUAUCGGACGACUCGCUGAUCAAAGAUGGUCUGCUCCUUCAGCCAUUGGUAUAGCUGGACUCGGCGGAGGAUUUGAGAUCGGCCUGGAGGCAUCAGAUUUUGUCAUCAUCUUGAAUGAGAGGAGAGCUGUGGAUGCAUUCAGUAAAGGGGGAAAUCUCACACUGGGAGGGAAUUUCACUGUGGCUGUUGGCCCUGUUGGCAGGAAUUUGGAGGCAGACGUGGCGUUACGGAGCACAGCGGCCGUUUACUCCUAUUGCAAAUCACGGGGCCUCUACGCCGGCGUGUCUCUCGUCGGCUCUUACCUCAUCGAACGCAAAGACACCAACCGAAAGUUCUACGGGCAGGAGAUUCGUGCUUCUGCUAUUCUGAAUGGAGAUGUGGAGCCACCACCCGAAGCACAUGACCUGUACAGCAUUUUGGAGGACUACAGAGAAAGAUAUGCCACCGAAUGGCAGAGCAAAAACAUGAGGCCCACGAUGAACAAGCAGAUGAGUUCAGCACCAGCUCGACCGAAGCCCCCCACACAGAGAGCUGCCUCCUCUUACACACCCAGGCCAGAGGCUUCUCGAGCUGUGAAGCCUUCCCUCUACCCAGAUUUAAACAGCUGGGAUACGGAAAGCUCAGGUCAAGCAUCAGGCGGAUCUCUGGUGGUCACAGCCGUGCAUCCGUUCACAAGUCAGCAGCCCGGGGACCUGAGCUUUGACGUAGGUGACCGCAUAACUGUUAUUACCCAAACGGACUCUCAGUACGACUGGUGGGAGGGCCAACUGAGAGGACAGGUUGGGAUCUUCCCUGCCAAUUUUGUGUCCUACAGCUAAGGGCACUUACAACCCACUUACAGUACAAACAACUCUGACAGGGAGGACAUCUGGCAUUGAAGGUGAAAUGAAGUUAAGAAUGAAGAUAUAUAUAUUUUUAGGAACACUGGUGUUCAGCGUUUCCUCAGAGUUUAUUUUGAAGGGACAACAUUGUGUUGUCAGUGUCAUAACCAUUGGUGAAUAACUUGGGUAUUUUAUGUUUGUAGUUACUGGUUAAUGGGUCCUCCAUUAUUAAGGCUUUGCUUAGAGCUAUUGUUACCACAUUUUUUUCUAAAAAGGGGUUCUGGUUUAAUAUAUUUUGUUUUGCUGUUGUUGAGAAUCACACUCUUAUCACAAUGAUGGUUUUAUUUAAUCCAGACACAGUAAUUAUGAAAUGCAUUACAAUGAAAGGUUUGGUAUUUGAAGUGUAAUUCCUGCCGGUAUUUGAAAUAUGAGCACAAUGUUUUGUAUUGGUAAAAGCACAGGCACACUGCUACUUACCACUUGUGCAUGGUUUCAUGAGCGUUUACAAGCUUAAAAAUGUCUUAAGACUACAAAAACGUGCCUUGUUUUAGAUAAACUGUACGACUUUUUAAGUGCUCAGCUGCCUUAAACAGUUUUGGCCAACUUCGGUUUGAAAAACUGUUGUUUGCUGUUGAAUAAUGGAGUCUGUACUGUUUCUUACUGCUAUUUGCACACAUGUCAUUCUAGCAUGGAAGAAUGUAUUUUGUAUCGUUUGUAAAUACUAUAUGUCGACAUGUUGUAAUAAAUGGAAUUUGUCUAUAGAGCAUGUGGAAGUAACUUGUUCUUGAAUGAAAAUGAAACGUGUCUAACUCAUUCUAAGCAGCCAUUUAUGUGAAAGUGAGAUUCUACCGCUGGUUACAGGAGAGCAGAAACUAUACCCUCUUUUUCCACAUGGUGUCAUAGGAUAGCCAAGCAAUC